AUGGGAGGUUACCCGAAAGCCUUGUCUACGACAAACAAAGCCUUGAUUUUACACCCCAAGAAUAAAAAUAUCUUGAUACUUCGCUCCGAAAUCUAUUAUCAUCAGAAUUCCUUUAAAGAAGUUCUCAAGGAUUUAGAUAGCGUUAUUAAACUUUCUCCGAAAGCAUGCUCACCACUUUGUUGUCAGUCCGAAGUACAUUCUAAACUGAAAAGCUAUGAUUUUGCUUUAGACGACAUCAAUCAGGCGUUGACAAUUAGAGCAUCAAAUCCUUAUGCUUAUGAGAUACGUGGCAUUAUCUAUCGUAAACUUGGAAAGUAUAACGAAGCUUUAAAUGAUUUUAAUAAAUCUUUAGAGUUGUUACCAUUAAAUGCUACUUACCUUGAUUCGAAUGACCAUAACAAAAGGGCUAAACGAAACCAUUCAGGAUGCGAUGAAGGGUACACUUUGAUUUUUAAAAUGCAAGGAGAACGAAAUUUUGCAAGUAUAUAUGCAAGGCGUGGAGCAACAUUAUUAGCGUUGGAACGUUAUGAUGAGCCAUUAUCGGAUCUGAAUCAAGCAUUUGCGUUACAAUCUGAACAUUUACUUGCUUUGAAGAAGCGAGCAUGCGUUUAUCAAAGUUGG